CAAACCUGAGAGCGCACCUUAGCCGGCCCAGCGGAGAACAACAACGUAGCACAAAAGCUCGGCCGUUGCACCACAGUUAGCUUCUUUCCUCCAUCCCUCCAAUAUCAGUCAAGUAUCCAAGCUCGUACUGGCAAAUGUUCCUCAUCAAAUCGAGCUCUGUGAGUGCAUUCCCCUCAGUAAACUCCAACCUCCAGCUCAACCCCCUGGCCAGUGGUAGACUGCCAUCCUGGACUAGUGAAGAGUACCACAAGUUCCAGACCCCUCGAAGGUGCCACAACACUCGCCCCACAGCUUCCACAACAACUUCGCCUCUCCCCCCUGAGUCCACAACCAGAAACUACACAGAAAACUACCCUCGCGGGUCUGGUCCGUCCAUACGACUCGCUCCUCGACGUUCGUACUUAGUUCCUCUCCCCAGAUAUACAGCACUGUUUUACACACUUAUUCGGUACUGCGGGUCUGCAUUGGAGCGAUCCGAGCAAUCCGAGCGAUCCGAGCGCAGAGGAACAAUGUCCUCCUCCUCCAGUUCUUGAGUUCUGAAGCGUUGUGGUGAUGGCUUCAGUUGUUGAGUGCGUUUUCCGGAAGAUAGUUGUGGAUGGAGAACUCCGUGAGGGCGCUGCAUUCAUCCAUGGACAUUAACAACAACAAAGUCCCCGAUCGCUACUAAUCCCUCCAACGAGUGUAGAAAUGUGGGCUAAAAUGUUCAAUGAGUGACUCCAUUAGAUCAGUGAGUGAAGUGACAAGUAGUUCAAAGAGAGACAGAGGGAAAGACAGAAACGGAUUUAGAGACAGGAUUUCGUUUGAGUCGGGAUCAAACUGACAGCACUUUAUCUCCCCGUUCGCUCAGUGACCGUGAUGAGAAUCUUUAAAGUGUCCUAAGUGACAGUGUCCACUGGCUUAAAAUUGAGUACUUUUAGUGCAUCAUCUCCACGGUCCCACCACCAUGAGUCGCUCAUCGCUACGAAUCAAGAACUAUCGGCCAAUGUCGGCCGAGAUAUCCUCCAAACCUGGAUCAACCUUGGGAACCAUGUUCACCAUAGGAGGCGAUCCCAACGACAAGAGCCCCGAGAAAAACAGCGGGAUCACGUUGCUAAAUUAUAAGCGUUCUGAUGACAAUUCCGUUCCGGCCAUAAUCAGCAUCCCGCCCAAUGGAUUGGCUCCCAUCGCUCAAGAUGAAGACCUAGACACGAAUUGCAACGAAGCCUUAGAUCUGUGUCAGCCUUUGAACAACAAGAACAACUUCAAGCGGAGUUGCAAGUCCGCCAACAACUUCCAGAACCGAGUGAGCAAUGGGCGGCGCGCCUCCCUGCCCACCCACAUCCUCCUGUCUUCAUCCAGUGCCGCCCAUCCCAAAGUGAACCGCAAGCUGGCCUCGACCAACGAGGCCGGACUCGAGUCCGAGGACUCGUUUUGGGGCUCAGACCUCGAGGAGGAGCUCGAGGAGGACUUUGAGGAGCGGGGCGGGUUCGAGUCCCUCUCGGACACCGAGGAGGAUGAGCUGGCCGUCUUGGAGGAGGAAACCGAGGCCUUGGAGGAACUCGACCACGACGACGACCACGACCACGGCGACGACGACGGCGACGACAAAACUGCCAUGCUUGACACGAGCCAAGAUGAAUCAAAAUCCCACCCGUCCACGAUCACGAAAACCAAGUCCUUGCUGCGGGACAAAUUCAGGGAUUCCAAGACGUGGGGAAUCCGAAGAAGUCUGGACAACUCCAAGGACAGCACCAACAGUGGCGGAUCCAUGACUAGCAACAGCUCUCCCAAUGCAUCCAACACCAAUCUGGACGGAUUGGGCGAGGGCCGACUCUCCCGGUUGUUUUCACUCCGAAAGUCCAAUCUAUCAAGUUCGGGUCCGAAUGAUUCGCCAAAGAUAUCAAUGCCACGUCUAGCAGAGGAAGAGGAACAAAUGCUGGGCGGAUCCCUGCCGCCCAAUGCGGCUGCCAGGAAGUCCCUCCCCCCCAUACUCCAACCCACUCCACCCAACCUCACCCCUGAGCAACAGAAGCGGAGGCACAUUGUGGCUUCAUUGGUACACAGUGAGAACAAUUAUGUGGCAACCCUCCAACGACUAGUCAACGAUUAUAAGAAACCGCUCGAGGAAUCCCAUCCACCGAUUUUGAGCCAACAGAAAGUUCAAACCCUUUUCCACCGGGUGCCUGAAAUCCUCCAGUGCCAUCUCUUGUUUCGGAUCGCGCUCUCCGAAGCCAUUAAGAAUUGGGACACUGAUGAGAAGAUUGGCGAUGUGUUUGUGGCCUCUUUUUCCAAAGCCGUGGUGCUGGAAAUCUACUCCGAUUUCAUCAACAACUUCACUGUGGCCAUGGAUUGUGCCAAGCAAGAGUCAAAACGAAAGAGCGCCCUGGCGGAUUUCUUGAAGGUCAAGCAGAUCACAGCUCAUGAUCGCGUGUCCUUCUUUGGGCUAAUGGUCAAGCCAGUCCAGCGCUUCCCCCAGUUCAUCCUCUUGCUUCAAGAUCUCUUGAAAGAAACACCUCCCGGACACCCUGAUCGUAUGGCCUUGCAACUGGCCAUGACGACGGUAGAAUCCCUCGCGGAGAUGCUGAAUGAACGCAAACGCGAAGCUGAGCAGUAUGCGGCUUUCCGUGACAAAAUCAGUAACAUCAGCGGGCGACUGUCAUCCAAACCCCUAUCAGGUGGAGAGGGGAGCAAUCGGUUCCUUCUCAAGGAAGAUGACAUGACCCAAUUGGAGUUCAACGCCUCAGGCCUGGUCACUCGCUCCAAACAACGCAGACUUUUGCUACUUAACGACCUCUUGCUUUGUGUGACGGUCAAUGGACGGAGCUCGGAGGCGGAAUUUAAUCACACAUCCUCUGCCAACGAAAGACUGUCUCUAAAGUGGGCAGUGUCUGUGAGCGACGUCGAGAUCAUUGAUGGUACUGCUGGAGGGACGCUGGCGAGACUUCUGGCACCCACGGCCAGUGGAACACUCUCGGCCAUUGGGAAGCGUGCUAGUCUUGGUCGAUCCUCCAAUCCAGUUGAACUGGGUGCCUCACCGGCUGGUGAGCCUGGAGGAAAGGCUGAGAACUUGGCGCAAGACAUGGCAGAUCUUAUGCACGACUUUGACGUGGUGUCUCGAAUCUCUUCACUGAUUGGAACAAUGAGGACUUCCUAUGAGGGCCUUACUACCUCUGUGACUAGUCAAAUUCUUUCCGAUAUCCAACGAGCAAUCCGACAAAAGGAUGAGGAAAUGUCCUUCAUGGACGCUUGUUGCUUGCAAUUGGUCAUCAAAGGACGCAACUCGAAAGACAAACCCGAGAGCUACACGUUCCAAACACGAGAUCCAAAUGUGAAGAAGGAGUGGACAGUUGAGCUCCGAUUGGCCCAAUUGGCGUUGGAUCCAAGUAACUCUCCCGGGUGGGAUGUGCUGGAACAAGAGCGGAGCAUCUCAACAAAGAUGCCGCUCUAUGUCAAAUCGUUCCAAGUUUACCAUUCCAAGCAACAGACAGAAGUGAAUUGUGGAUGUUCCUACUCACUCAUGGUGCAAACUCCAACCAGAACCUUAAGACCUCACACGUACGUUUGGACCAACGCCACUGACGGUCACUCAAGUCACUUGAGGAUCUUCAGUGUUCCCAAUCAAAAUACAGGCCUGAAAGAGCUCGGCACAAUCUCCUUGGAGCAUUUCUAUGCCCGAACCAUACAGUAUGUCCCUGGACUGACCAAUGGCGUGGCCAACUCGUCUCCUGAUGAUCCUCUUAGAUCUGAUCUCGUUUGGGUAGGGGUGAACACUCAAAAAAUCAUCCUGUAUUCGGCCAGCGAUCCAGAGCGUGGACAUGAGAUCGGACGAGCCUCUCUACCUGCCGAAGUGAUGUGUAUACAAUACCACUGUGAGGCAGUUUGGGUGGGUUUGGCGUCCGGAAGCAUGGCCGUGUUUAGGCGAGACUACAGCAAUGGCGCCUGGGAUCUGGCACACCCAUCAAUGAUUAUACUGGGAUGUGAUCCAGUGUCCUGCCUUCUGCCCAUCAUCAAUGGAAUCUAUGCGGCUUGCGACAAGCGCGUAUGGGUGAUUGAUGGCCACAAUAACGAGCAAUUAAAGAACUUUGUGGUGAAAGCGCAACACGACAGUCAGCCUGUUCCCUCUUCUCCGGCUUCUUCCACGACGAAUUUGGCCAUUGGGGGCGUGCAUCAAAUGGCCCAAUCGGGAGUGGGUCUGUGGGUGGCCUUGAAAAACUCGGCCACCAUUUGCUUGUACCACACGGAAACCUUCCGACACUUGCAAGACAUCAACAUUGCCUCGAACGUGUCCAGAGUCUUGGCUGCCCGCGAUGUCAGCCAACCGGCACGAUGCAUCCAUGUGACAGCCCUGAUGGCGUCACGGGGUCUUUUAUGGGUUGGAACGAAUGUAGGUAUCGCCUUGACGGUUCCAUUGCCAAGGUUAGAGGGAGUGCCCAUCAUCAGUGGACGAGCUAAUAUCAGCUAUCAUGCUCACUUUGGCCCUGUCACCUUCUUUUUGAAUGUUCAACCCAAAGUCGUGACUGAUGUGGCCACUCAAAUGCAGAGCAAUGCUCAUUCAGCCAUUCAGGAAGAAUCAGAGCACGAGCUGAAAUUGGAGAGCAAUGAAGACAGCAGUAGUGGGUGCUCUAGUUUGGUUCCAACAAUUCUUGAAUCUCACGAAGAGGCAGGGGGCCUUAAGAAACACUUGCACAAACAGUAUUCAGAAGGAGGGUUAUCCAGCUCAUCCCAUCCUGGGGAUAAUGAGCAUCAGAAACUUCGGGUACGCAACAGCAGUCCAUUGGUGAUGCGUCGGAAGUCCUCCCGUGAGCAUCGUGAUCAAAAUGUGGCCUCUAGACGAGCAAGCAAGACCCUGCCACGAGGAUUCUCCAUGACCCAUGAACACAACGAUAUGUCUUCAAUGGACUAUGAUGUAUUCGGUCUUUAUGGAGAGCUCUUGAAUGUCCGAGAUUAUGACUGCGACUCUGGAGAGAUCUCGCGACAGGGUGAGGAAUUGCGUAAAUCCGACCCUGAGUUGUCAACUAUUCCUUACCGCGUGUCCACUCUGGACCGACGGGUCAGAAUGAAGACCAGUAGGCCGCGAAGUCUUGACAUGUCGUCGUGGAGUGUUGGAAGUCGUGGAUCAACGCAAACCACCAGUUCCAGUGAGGCAGGGAGUGAACGGCCUUCCCCCAAUGUGAGCCGAAAUGCCUCUGUCAAGUCACAAGGGACAGCGUCGGUCCACUCGUUGCCUCAGCAUGAGCCCCUGACCCCAUCGCACUCAAGCCCUUUGUCAGGAGGCAGUCAUGCAUCCAGUGGACCAUCUUCACACGAUGGUCAGCUGAACUCAAACUCCUUGCCGGCUACUCCCCACAAACCUGCCCUCAAAGCCUCGCAGAGCAGUCCCGCCGCCGGCCCGCAAGAGGCGCAACCAGUUAGCGUUUCCAAAGCUCGCAAGAAGCUAGACGCCCCGCGCACUGUCACCACACUGAUGGGUGGACGUGGAUACAUUAAUUGGCGACGUGCGUCCGUGGAGAAGCAGCGCACCACUGUAUUGGCGCAGGUCAACAAUUUCGAUUCCUAUCUCGUUAUUUGGGAAAUGAAAGUCUAAUGGAUAAACCGUGCCCCCCCCAUCUUCCUGCUGUGAUACACAUUAUUUUUUUUGCAUUUAGUGUUAGAUUAGAUAUUUGUACAACCCCAUUUUUCUACUUCUGUACAGAGGAUCAGCUUGUCGCCAGAAUCAAUUGACCUCUAAAGAAUAGCUUAUUUUCUGGAAGCCUCCAGGUCAAGUAAUUAUUCAAAUCAUUUUCUUUUCCUCCUCUCUUUGAUGUCUUUCGUGGCCAAAUUUUCAAUCCAAAUGUCUAUUUUUCUUCCAUUUUGUUAUUGAACAACUAUACUAUAUAAACAAAUAUUCAAAAUGAUUCUCCAAAAAGAAAAUAAAUGAAGAUAUUCGUACUUUACCACAA